UACAUUGCAUUACUUUUUACACUGCUUGAUAAUUUUAUAUGCUUAAAUGCUAUGUGUCUGCGGCAGCCACGUUUGGCACCCGAUUAGCCAUUGGCCCUUGACAUAGCAGUCAAACGAGCGGAACAACCUCAUCGUUAUUGUCACGUAAAGCCAGUGAAGAGUCAAGCUAUUGACGCGUCGUCGCACAACUAUUGUAAGCGCGCACUUAGAACGACUACUAGGUACUCGCUACAACAACAGCAACAACGACAACACCGUCAGACGUCAAUAAGACUUGCCGGGGUGCACCAAAUUUGGCAGGAGGCCUAGUAGUUGCGCGUGUAAUUGAGCGUAACAGUAACUUUAGAGUCGUUUUGUUGAAUGAAGUUCAUAAAACUCAGAUUUUGUGCCAAAGUAUAUAAGCGCAAUAGUGAUGGGAUUAAGAUAGCAUUCUCGCAAUCAACCAGCGGCAGUGUAGCAGCAGCGACAACACCAAAUCAAAGGAAUCUUUAAUACAGAAAAAUGUACAAGUAUACCGCACUUCUGGCGCUCCUUUUCGCCGCUACCUUAGCAGUGGUGCAGGCCGAACCACCGCGUUUUCGUGCAGCACUCAGACGCGCGCCGGGUCGUUUUUUUGCACGUCAAGAGGCGGAGAUCGCAGAUAGCGCAGACGAUGCGCCACCUGCUGUAACGGCUGACCAGCCUGCGCCAUAUCCCGCAGCUGGAGUUACACCAUCGAUUCCCUUCGAUUUGCCGACAGAGACAGAGGCACCACUCCCCGAUGAAGUGUACGGCCCACCAGCGGAGGAACCCACACCCGACCCAACCUAUGGUCCGCCAGAGGAGACUACUACUCUGGCCGCACCGGCCAAUGCUGCUGAGAUCGACGUCGUAUCCGAGAACUUAAUUCAACCACGUCAAAAACCGGUUUCGGCCAAACAACGCGCCAGAGGAGUUGUACGCUCUCAGCCGCUGAUCCUGCGAGCUGUGCCUGCUGCACCGGGUGUUGUAGAGCUGGUGCGCGCUGAGCCCGGUGUUAUUUACCUUUUAAAAUAAAUAGAUUGGUCAUGGAAGAAGUUAGAGAAGUGACGAAAUUUCGAGGUUUACGGCGGUCACCUAAUCAUUUCAAAUUUGUUUUGGUUGUUGUUAUGUUGCAAUCGAUUAUAAAAGCGAUAAUAAUAAAUACAUUUAUAUAUUUUUAGCGACAAUAA